ACCCCCAAACUCUCCAACCCUUACUGCUCAGAUGUCAGGAGCACCGACUUCUGAGCGGGAUAUCCUGGGUUCAGCUCUCGUUGGAAGCAACUUCUAAAUUUCGUAUUUUUAGUUUUCGUAGUAAACAUAAAAGCUAGAGUUUAUUGAGGGUCGGCUCGCGUCUCACGGGUGCAGGUCCGUCCAGGGAAAUAUACAGUUUUUUUCUGAAUUCUAAUGGAAGUGUGCAAGUGGUUUGGACCAGACCCUGGGAAACCUUCGAAGCUCCCAUACCCGCGGACCAAGGAUGAACGAGAGCGUCGCACUUUUUCGGUGAGCGACGAGCUCCAGAAAUGGGCGGGAGUUUUUCAAUUCAAGUCUGUGGGUUCACAAUCUCUCCACCGUCGUCGUGUAAGAUCGAACAUGAUGUUGAUGUCUGUUGCACUGUGAUCUAGUCUCUAGUUUUUAGCUAUUUUUGUCGUUGCAAGGGGUUGUAACCACUUGGUUUGAUUACGUGUGGGUGGUUUUUGGGUGGUUUUCGUUUGUCGGAGGUGCUGCAUGUCACGUUCCGGUGCGCAGCUAGUGUGUGCUAUUGUUGCGUUGCCGAAGUUUACAAAUGUGUAUUGUUUGGGUUCUGGGCACUUUUUUCUUUCGAGGUGGACCUGAAGAGACUUUUUUGAGUGAUUCGGAGCGGAAUGUUGUGGGAUUCAUUCGGAAUAGACCUAGUUAGGGCUGAAUAGCGGGAUUGAAUAGAGAAGGUAUAGAGAACCAAGGUGAGAUUGUAAGCAAAGAAGAGAAAAAUGGAGCAGCAACGGAGGAUGAAGACGGUCCAGCAGAAGUUUCGAAUGAAGGGAUUUACGCUUACGCUGGAUGCUUUGAAGGCAGCGGUGGCUUUCAUAUAUCAGUCUUCAUUGGAUCCUAUCGACGCCUUGGAGUCGUUGCUUGCAAGCACUGAUGACCAUCCUUCUUUGAAAAGUAAUAUGCUGGACAAGACUACUGUGGAGACCAUUAUUGCAGAGGUGAAGGGCCUUGACGAUCAUACUCAAGGCCGGCGUGUUCUACAAGUCGUGGAUGCCUUUAAUAUACCCAAGAUUUGCUUCGACCCUGCUCGAAAAAUACUCUACACCCAACCUGGUAACUUCCCCCUCCAUGGCGAAGCUCAAGCCAAGGCUUCGUUUUACCGAGAGAGAUUCCUGUUGCUGCAGCAGCGUAUACUGAAGGACAAGUAUUUUGCGAAGCCGGCUUUCGAAGGGCAUGUGUCAUCGCAAUUCGGAAGCUGUGAGAUUACGCCAUUGCAAUCGUUGGUGGGGUGUACGGGGAACCGGUGGGUGAUGGGUGUGAUUUUGCAGGUGGAGGAUGGGCGCUUCCAUCUGGAGGAUAUGUCCGCUGUAGUUCCUGUGGAUAUCUCUGAGGCUAAGAUCACGGCAGGAUUCUUUACCGAAAAUUCUGUGGUGCUAGCAGAGGGAGAGUUGCUGGUCAAUGGAGUUUUCAAGGUUUACACGAUGGGAUUCCCUCCUUUGGAGAGGAGGCAAACUUCACUGCGGAGUGCAGCGGGCCUCAGUCUCCUCGCGGGGCCUCCGUUGACCAUGGAAGAAUUUGUUCGGUUAGAGAAACUGGAGAAGCAGGCAGUGAACGAUAUGUUUGUUGUUCUGUCGGAUGUGUGGCUUGACAGCGAAGAAACUAUGGGGAAACUGGAAGAGGUCUUAGACGGGUACGAAUCUAUGGAAGUCGUCCCCUCGCUCUUUGUACUUUUGGGGAAUUUCUGCUCCUACCCAUGCAAUUUGGCUUCGCAUGAUUUCGCUGAGCUUCGGGAACAAUUUUCGCGUCUUGGCUCACUCAUUGCUAGCCACCCUCGCAUCAAAGAUGGCUCCCAGUUUUUGCUUGUCCCAGGACCGGGUGACCCAGGGCCAUCGAAUGUUCUCCCACGCCCUGCUUUGCCAAAAUAUUUCACCAAAGAGGUUCUCAAGCAUGUGCCUAACGCCAUUUUUGGCAGCAAUCCUUGCCGCAUCCGCUUCUACGCGCAAGAUCUCGUCGUGUUUCGCGAGGAUCUGCAAUAUCGAAUGCGUCGCUCUUGCAUCUGCACUCCUUCAGAGGAGGAAACUAAUGACCCCUUUGAGCAUCUGGUAGUGACAAUGUUACAUCAGAACCAUCUCUGUCCUCUACCACUCACCACCCAGCCCAUCAAUUGGAGUUUUGAUCAUGCUUUGUCCCUCUAUCCCACACCAGACACAAUCAUUCUUGGAGAUAGGGCAGCACAGAAUGUGAUUGCUUACAUGGGUGUUACAUGCUUCAACCCUGGUUCCUUUGCGAACGAUGGCACUUUCAUUGCGUACAGACCGGCUACCAGGGAAGUGGAGGUGUCUGCUGUGUGAUAAUUCUUGUUAAUGCUGUAUUUUGGGCUCAGUCAGACCAUGUGUAUCGUGAGUUCAAUGAUCAGGAUGAGCAUUUGAACUUACAUCCUGUAGUGAUAUCGAAUGCGCUCUUGAUGCGGUUUGAUUCGAAUCCUUUACCGAAGAGACUUAUGUUCGAAUCAGGUUCGAAUCUUGGGGUACGCUGAUUAAAAGCCUAGACAAUAAACUUCACUACAGUUGUUGGUGGCACAUCAUCUGAUCAUGCUGAGGGGCUCGCACAGUACUUAAGAUAUCUGGAAGGGUUUAUAUCUUCGAAGUCAGGAUGAUGAAUUUGCAAUGCUUAGGAUUAUGCAAGUCCUGAGAACUUUGCAUCAUCAGUAAUAUUAUCCCGUGAGAUAGCCUGGAACUUUUGGGCGCCCUACGACAGUAUGUGAAAAUUGCAAUCGCAGGCAAUCGACGUUCAUGAAGUGAAGGUGUAUCAUACAGAGUCUGCACCCUCAAGCGGUCUUUCAGUAUAGAGGAUGAAUAGUUGAAAAGUUUGAAAUAAUUCUAAGACUUUUCAACUGUAGAGUAUUGGUUUUGCUACUCUUUUGCUUACAGGGUUAUAUCUUCGCUAACAAGCUUUUAAGAUAGCAUAGUUACUUGAGUUAGCAAAUAAUAAAACACGCUGUUCUUUAGCAGUGGAAAUUGUGACUUGUGACUUGAAUAUGGAAACUCCACAGUCGAUGAAGCCCUCAUCUAUUAUGAAAGUGGGUCAUGAAUAUCGUUCCCGAA